AAGAGCUCGGUGGGAGGGUCUUCAGCUGCCUUUAUAUAGGUAUGGUUUUUAUCGGUAAUCGGUGAAAAGCAUAAGUUUAUUUUUCCACUUGGACGACGAGAAGUUUACGUAGGAAGACACAAUGCUGUCUCUAGCUGUGCUGGCCGUGUGUCUGAGCGCAGUCCUCUCAGCCCCCAUUAUGGACCCACAGCUGGAUGGGCACUGGAAUCUGUGGAAGAGCUGGCACACUAAAAAAUACCACGACAAAGAGGAGCUCUGGAGGAGAAUGAUAUGGGAGAAGAACCUGAGGAAGAUCGAGCUGCACAACCUGGAGCACUCCAUGGGCAAACACUCCUACCGCCUGGGCAUGAACCACUUCGGGGACAUGACUAAUGAGGAAUUCAGGCAGAUCAUGAACGGCUACCAGCAAAAGACAAAGAGGAACACCACAGGGUCCCUCUUCAUGGAGCCCAACUUCCUGCAGGUCCCAAGUGCUUUGGACUGGAGGGACAAGGGCUACGUUACCCCUGUGAAGGACCAGGGUCUGUGUGGCUCCUGCUGGGCCUUCAGCACUACCGGAGCUCUGGAGGGUCAGAUGAAAAGAAAGACCGGCAAUCUGGUGUCGCUGAGCGAGCAGAACCUGGUGGACUGUUCCAGACCUCAAGGCAAUGAGGGCUGCAACGGCGGUCUGAUGGACCAGGCCUUCUCGUAUGUCGAACAAAAUAAGGGCCUGGACUCUGAGGACUCCUAUCCUUACCUGGGAUCGGAUGAUCAGCAGUGUCUCUACAACCCCAUGUACAACUCCGCCAGCGACACUGGCUUUAUUGACAUUCCCAGUGGAAAGGAGCAUGCUCUGAUGAAGGCCGUAGCUGCUGUGGGACCUGUGUCUGUAGCCAUUGAUGCCGGACACGAGUCUUUCCAGUUCUACCAAUCAGGAAUCUACUAUGAGAAGGACUGCAGCAGUGAGGAGCUGGACCACGGCGUGCUGGUGGUGGGCUAUGGCUUUCAGGGAGAAGAUGUGGAUGGCAAGAAAUACUGGAUUGUUAAAAACAGCUGGAGCGAGAACUGGGGAGACAAAGGUUACAUCUACAUGGCCAAGGACCGAAAGAACAACUGUGGAAUAGCUACAGCAGCCAGUUACCCUCUGGUCUAACAUCUGCAUCAUAGUAUUUUAAUCUCAAUAGUUUGGCUGGAGAUGAGGGACGACACUGACAGGAGAGUCUCCCAUGUUUUAUGAAGACAGACACUGAAUUUUGGGAAAUGGGGACAUUUUGUUUUGGCUGGUUUUAUGCCACUUUGUCAUCUGAAGGAUUUUAGUUGUUUUAUUCUUUGUAAAUAUGUGAAUGCUGCUCGGUGAGUGAUACAGUAAAACUUGCUUUGGUCAUUGUAAAUGGAUUUUUUUUUUUCCUACUUUUACUGUGAUCAAUUAAAAGUUCUUAAAUACUA